AUGCUCUCUGGCACAAGGCUUAUUUUGACGGAUCUUGCGCCCAACACUCACGCACGUUCAUCGGGCCAUUUGGAAAAUAAUUACGGCCAUGAUGAUGAAAAAAAUCAAAGUUUGUACACAAAAUUACAAAUCAAGAUGAGAAAUUUCAAGAUCAGAAAUUUACCAUUUGCAAUGAAAUCGGAAAUGAUCAGAGGCUUUUUUCUUGAUCCUAAAGAACAAGAGCAUGGAAUAACUCCCUGUGAUAUUGGAGACGUUGUUAUAUCAUACAAUUUGAAUUGUAUUUUAGUGAGCCGAUGCAAUAGUGCCAGAAUUGUUGUUUUUGAUUUGGCAACCAAAGAAUUUCAAUGUUUUCUAAACGCUCCACGCUCGUCGCCUAGAUACAUGUGUAUCGAGGAAGACAAUCAAGGGCAUGAUACAUUGAUAAUAUUUGCCUGUGAUCAAUGCGUUUUCAAAUAUGAUUUACAGCGUUGUCUGGAGAAUGUCAACAAGGUGGAAUGGCGAAAAAUUUGGGAAAGCGAUCAUUGUGGAUGGCCUCAAGGAAUUGCAAUUCCUCGGUCUAAAAAAUCUUCAGUAUAUGUUUGUGAUAUUCUGAGCGAUCAGGUGGUUGAGCUGAACGCUUCUAAUGGACAACUCUUGUCAAAGUUUCGUGUCGAUCGAGCAUUUUCCAUUACGUUUGCGUAUCCAAGCUGUAGAGAUCAAAACAAAGAAUACAUGGUCGUCACAACUGUAGAGAACAAUAGUUCCGUUCAAAUAUUUACUCAAUGUAAAGAUGAUCAAGGACAUUGUUCGUGGCAAAGUGUAAAGCGCAUUGGUAACAUUGGUAGUGACCUUGGUUCGUUCAAGAAUCCAUGUGGAGUCGUUUGUGAUAAUAAGCAUAUUAUUGUAUCGGAUUGUGACAAUGUAAGAAUUCAAGUGUUCUCAUUAGACAAUUUUGAAUUUAUUGAUUCGUAUGAAGUUGUUGACAAGGGAUAUCCAUAUGGAGUUUGUUUGGAUGGUUCAAGCGGAGAACUUUUCGUGUGUGGAGCUGAGAGUGCCUUUGAUGGAUAA